AUGGAGUCCAAUAUUUCAGGGUCCUUCCUCUUCAACAACAGCUUGAACCAGUUCCCCUCAGACAUCAAGGCCCCGGUGUGCCAGUACUCCAUUCCCAACUCCUUCUACAAGCUCGGCCCCACCAACAUCAACUCUCAGCUCCAGGCCGGCACGCUGCAUGGCAUCAGCGACAUCCUGAGUCGAUCCCUGGUGGGCGGCCCGGGAACCCCUGCGCUACUGCCCGGGUACCCCUCCAUGGGUGGCUUCGGGACGGCCGUGCCCAGUCCAGGGGUGUAUUAUAACCGGGAUUACGCCCCAUCGGGACUGAGCAGUUUCCCUAAACCCGGAGUCGAAUGUUCGGGUCUGAAGGGUAAAGGCAGCAGCUGCUGGGUGGACGGAGGGUACGAGUGGAGAGGAGCCAGACAGCAGUGUCCCAACAAUGGUGGGCAUCACACUGAGACUGUGGGGAAAAAGAAGCACACCAGACCCACGUUCAGUGGGCACCAGAUCUUCGCUCUGGAGAAAACCUUCGAGCAGACCAAGUACCUGGCAGGACCAGAGAGAGCCAGACUGGCAUACUCACUAGGCAUGACUGAGUCACAAGUUAAAGUGUGGUUCCAGAACCGGCGCACAAAAUGGCGGAAGAAGAGCGCGGCGGACUCGGAGCCCAGCUCCACACAGGCCUCGCGGGGGGAGAGCGGAGGAGACGGCUCGGAAAACGAGGUGGAGGACGAGGAGUACAACAAACCGCUGGACCCCGACACAGACGACGAGAAGAUCCGACAGCUGCUGCGCAAACACCGCAGAGCUUUCUCAGUACUGCGCCUGGGACCGCAUCACAUCUGA